GUCACCUGUGAGCUCUCUGUGCUUGCCUGUCACACUUCUAAAGAAGUGUACUUUGCACUUGUAAAGCAGUGUACUUGUGUCUUGUGUCCGUAUUUUGAAAAGAAGCCCAUUUUAACCGGAACGUUCACAAGCUGCUGCCAGUUUCUGGUAACAUGUUUAGCAACUCCGAUCAGUCCUCGACCUCAGAGAACCAAAAUCCCGGCAGGGUACUCAUCAAGAUUGGUGAUUGUAUCAAGCCACUGCUAAUCCGUAGAGAAAUGAGCGAUGUCGAGUUUGUGGUGGGGCGUGACUAUGACGCGGAGCAGCUCUUUCCUGCCCACAGGUUAAUCAUGAGCGUUCGCAGCGCUGUGUUCCAGACAAUGUUCUAUGGAAGUAUGCCAGAGAAGUGCACAGCUCCCAUCGAUAUUCCCGACAUUCAUCCCGAAGCCUUUGCUAACGUGCUAUGCUACAUGUACACGGACACGGUGACGAAUUUUACCCAAGAAAACGUUUUCGACACACUAACGUGUGCCGACAAGUACGACUUACCGUUGCUGGUAACGAUGUGCACCGACUUCGUCCUGGACACUGUCAACGUCAACAACUGCUUGGAUAUUCUGGACAACGCGGUGCGCUGUGCAGGUAUCGCGCCGAAAAUCCUGGAGCAUUGUUUAGGCCUCGUUGAUGAAUCACCGAUUGCCAUCUGGGAGUCGGAACAGUUUUGUGCGAUUGGACAUGAGGCGUUACGCAUCAUCCUUCAACGGGAUACUUUGACAGCCAAUGAAUACUGUAUUUGUUGGGCUGCUAACCAGUGGGAUUUUAACAUGUGCAAGCAAAGAAACAUGGACACUUCCUCCGCUAAUCGGCGUGAAAUACUUGGCCAGAUGUUGUUUCUCCUCCGGUUUCCGCUGUUGACCGAUGCUCAGUUGCUUAGUGGACCCACAAAG